AGAUCCCAGGUGUUCAUCUUCCCCUACUAAUCCCAGCUGCUGGAGAUCAAGCUCUCUGCUACUGACUUGGAGGCCAUGCGGCGCAGCGAGGACAAGGGUGGGGUCUCCCAAGCGGGGAACCAGGAGCCCCACCAGGCUGCGGUUCCUUCCAGCCAGCCUGCCCUGCAGAGGGCCGUGCUUGGGUUGCUGACCGAGAAUGGACAGUGCCUUCGAGCCUGUGGCCAGGGCACUACCAUUAUCAGACACUUCUUGGGCUCCGAAAAUGCCUUCCCUGCAGCUGGAAAAAACACACGACCGAGCUGCAUGGUUAAUGCAACAUCAAAGCAAGGGUUUGCUAUUUACAUAGAUGAACCAGAGCAGAAAGAAAGAUACAAGUGCACAGUUGUAGAAGAAGUGGAACCUAGUCUGUGUGAAGUGGCUUCUAAUACAGUGAAAUCCAGUAUUCAUCUGCUAGUGAAUUUGAGCACAGGUUCUCCCAUGGUGCUGGAUACAUCAUUCCAGAAUCAGUCUGAAGAUCAGCUGGAUACUUCAUUCCAGUCACAACAUGAAGAUCAGGUGGAUAACAACACGGAUGUAAUGAAUGUUGGAGAAUAUGCAGAAGAUAUUCAUCAGUACCUCAGAGAAGCUGAAGUAAGAUACAGACCUAAACCAUGCUAUAUGAGGAAGCAACCAGAUAUCACAGCAGGGAUGCGUGCAAUUUUGGUCGACUGGCUGGUAGAAGUUGGGGAAGAGUACAAACUUCGUACUGAAACACUGUAUUUGGCUGUAAACUUUCUGGACAGGUUUCUUUCUUGCAUGUCUGUCCUUAGAGGAAAGCUGCAGCUUGUAGGAACAGCAGCAGUUCUUCUGGCAGCGAAAUACGAAGAGAUCUACCCACCAGAGGUAGAUGAAUUUGUAUAUAUAACAGAUGAUACUUACACAAAGAGGCAGCUGCUAAGAAUGGAACACCUACUUCUCAAAGUACUGGCUUUUGACUUGACUGUACCAACUAUAAACCAAUUUCUCCUUCAGUAUUUACAGAGACAUGGAGUUUGUAUUAAGACUGAAAACUUUGCCAGGUAUGUUGCAGAGCUGAGUCUCCUGGAAAUUGACCCAUUCCUAAAGUACCUUCCCUCACAAACGGCUGCAGCAGCUUAUUGUUUAGCAAACUAUACUGUCAACAGGCAUCUGUGGCCAGAAACACUUGCUGCAUUCACUGGGUAUUCUCUGAGUGAGAUAGUGCCUUGCUUGAGUGACCUACACAAGGCAUGCCUGGAUGCCCCCCAUCAACAACAGCAAGCAAUCAGGGAGAAAUACAAGCUGUCAAAGUACAUGCAUGUAUCCCUCCUGGAGCCACCAGCAGUUCUUCCUCUUCAGUAAGGGCUAAUGUACCAGCAGGCUGACUAAAACCCUUGCCUCCUGACCAAUGACAUUGGUCUUAGAUUUUAUAGGGCACUGCAGGUCAUGUGUCAGUAACCAUGGUGUAUCUUAACUAGCACUUUUUACUAUUUAAUUCUUUCAAAGACUUCAGAGUCAUUUUAAUGUAACUGAAAGCACUUUUAAUAAAUACCUUACCGUGUAAUUGGA